CAACUUGCUCCUGGCCUGCUCUUAUUUGGAUGGAUUGUAUUUUUGCCUAUAAACAGUUUUCUGGCUUUGUCAGGAGCCCUCAGACCUGGAGGUGACAGAAAUUUGCCCACUGACAUUUUCUGUUUCCUUCUGCUAGGUCAACAUGAUUUUGAUUUAGCUGAUGCUCUUGAUCAUCCAGAGGACAUAAUUACCAGGAAACCUACAGUGAUCAGAAGACCAACAAGAAGGCCAGUGCUGAAUAAUGAUCUGCAUUUAGGAGAUGCUCUUGGUGGGGGUGACAUCCCAAGAAAACCUUUAUAUCCACCUCUUCCACCACGACCAGGAAGCCACAGUGAUUCUGGAGGUUUUAAUGACUUAGAUCUCGUUGAUGGGAAGCCUUUACCACCACGACUACCAGGAGAAGACGAGCAUCAUUUCAAUCACGGAGGAAAUACUGAUUCAGGGUUAAUAGCUGGAGUUACAUCUCCUAUAAUUUCUGCUUUUGUAAUAUUAGUUGUUGGAUCAAUAGCAGCCUACUCAGCUUACAAGAACAAGAGACUUUGUUUUAAACCACAAGGUGGGGCUGCAGUGUAAACUGCUGAAAGAAAAGCUAUCCAAUGGUGACAGGCUCCUUUGGUUGGUGGUGCUAUCUUACAGAUUGCUCUUCUAAAUUGAUGGUUUCCUUGGUCCAGAAAUGAACACUCCGCCACAGACCUGACAAAUUUUAAUUCUACUUACCAUCCUGAUUUCAAAAAAAAAUUUACCAAUCUUACACUAACAUUUUGUUGGGACAUUGCAAGUCUGUUUUCUUCUACCUGAUGUUACUUUUCCAUUUUGAAGUGUAUGUCAUUAAAGAUGUGCUUAAAUGGCUGUGGAUGGUACUGCACUAUCUGAUGUCUAUUAAUAAAGUGGAAUAGGUAUUUUGAUUCAGAAGUUAUUGUAGACAAUAAUAAGUCCAAUAAAUCAAGUAUAAUAUGUACUUGAAAUUUAAUGAUUUUGGUUUCUGAGUAUUUGAGUCACUGAGCACUUUUUUCCUGUUUUCAUAAUUAGCCGAAAUAGUUAAUCCUUCUGAUAGAAUAAGGCAAUUGCCAUUUUCAGUCAUACAUUUUGGGUUCCUUUAGUAUAUAUCUGUAUUGUCUAUAAUGUUAUGGAAAAUUUGACGUUACAUAAAAAGACUAAAAAUUGUAAUGUCUUUAUUUUGUAUCUAAUGGCUGAAUUCUUGCAAAAUAGAAAGAGUUAUAGGUGAAAAAUGUAUUAAUUCUUAAUUUCAAAAUAUAGCAUGAGAAGAAUAUGUAUAUAUGUAUAUUGAUGGACCACUGUUUAAAAAAAAUUCUCAGAACAUGAGAGGAUUUUUUUUUCGUGGGGUUUAGGUUUUCUCAAGAACUGGAAACUGAAAUAAGUUUUGUUUCUUUUCUUGAAAACUUAGAGCCUGUUCUAGAAGCCUUCAAAGUCAUUAUAAUCUGACAGUUCUUAUUUAAUAAAGAAUCAUAUUAUUGAUAAUUUCUACAAAGGAAAAAUAGGCAUGAAGUUUUUGGAAUCGUUUAUAACUAGUCUGUGACACUUUGUUCUGUAAAAUUUAUGUCAUGUCUACUUUUAAAUUUCAUAUAUAUCUUUUAGCAGAGGCAUAGCUGAUGCUCCAAGCUUUUCUAGCAAGGCUAUUUCAUCUUUUCCCCUUGUUCCUGACCAGCCAAGCUGUGCUAACAAAUGUCCUUAUGUAGACAUCUUGUCAUCAGUAAAAAAUAGCAUUUUCUCAGUUUCACUGCCUCAAUUUAGUUAACUCAAUCAAACUACUAGGAAAAGAAUUAAAUGCUGCUGAAAGCUAGCAAAACUAGUAGAGUUUACUGGCAUAAUUCUAUGAUACAGCUAUUUUAGCUACUCCUUUUAAGCAUAGAUGAAAUUUCUGUAUUUUGAUCUUCAUCUUACAUGCAAAACAUGCUUUGUCUUACUUACCUGUGAAGUUGCAUGUAGAUGGAGGUAAACAUAAUCUGUGUUUAUUAAAUUGUUGAGAGAAAGAUGUCAUCUUGGAAAGUACUCUUGUUAUAACAUAAUUUAAUCUUAUAAAUAAUUAUAUGUGAAAUGGAUAUAUCAGUUGCUGAGGAGAGAAAUUAUUGUCUUUACUUUGAUCCUGAAACUAAGAAAAUAUAACAUUAGUUUAGUUAGAUGUUGAGUUAUUAGUUGUUCAGUUAAUGGAGUGUUUGUUUAGAGAUGCUCUAAUGUAUUUACAUUGGAGGGGGAAGGGAGGGAAUGUAACCUAGUCAUUAGACCAUGGUAACCCUGGCACAUUAGUUUAAAUAUGGAACUGU